AUGUCGUCCGUGUGUCGUAGUUCCAGGCGAGUGUUUGGCCUGGCUCUCUCUUGUAGAAUCAAUACUGUUACUUCACUCGUAUCCGAUUCCUAUUGUCUGCUUCCUACUCGCAUCCAGCUCCAGUCUCGCUCCAUCCCCUCUCGUAUCGUCAAUAAACAAGAUCGCUCCUAUCACUCCACUCCAUUCACCCGUCAGCAACUAGACGACGAAACAAAAGCCAUUCUCAAUGGCGAGCGGUUUUCUGAACAGGUAGAUGUGUGUAUCGUUGGAGCUGGCCCUGCUGGCUUGUCUGCUGCUAUUCAGAUUAGGAAACGAGCCUUGGCUGAUGGCAAAGAUACUAGAGUCUUUGUGGUUGAAAAGGGCGCCGAAGUUGGCGCGCAUAUCCUUUCUGGAGCUGUCCUCGAGCCGCGCGCACUGAACGAACUCAUUCCAGAUUGGAAAGAAAAGGGUGCUCCGCUCAAUACUCCUGCUACAAAAGACAGAAUGUAUCUUUUUACUGAAAAAUAUGCUGUUCCAAUUCCUCAUCCACCCCAAAUGACCAACUCGGGAAACUAUAUUGUCUCUCUCAACAACUUUGUCAGAUGGUUGGGCGAGCAGGCUGAUGAAGUCGGUGUGGAGAUUUAUCCUUCAUUUGCUGCAAGCGAGAUCUUGUAUCAUGAAGAUGGAUCUGUCAAGGGUAUUGCUACAAACGAUGUUGGUAUUGGCAAGGAUGGCAAGCCCAAAGAUAAUUUUGAGCGCGGAAUGGAGAUUCAUGCCCGAGUAACAUUGCUUGCCGAAGGGUGCCAUGGCAGUUUAACAAAAAAACUUAUUCAAAAGUUUGAUUUGCGUAAAGAUUCUGAGGCCCAAACCUACGGUAUUGGCAUCAAAGAGGUUUGGGAGCUUGAUCCUUCAAAGCAUGAUCCAGGCUUGGUUCUUCAUUCAGUCGGAUGGCCCAUGGACUACAAAACCUAUGGCGGUGCAUUCAUGUACCAUUUAGAGAAUAACCUGUGUGCGGUUGGCUUUGUCACGUCGCUCAACUAUUCUAAUCCAACCCUCAGCCCAUAUCGCGAGUUUCAGAGAUACAAGCAUCACCCACAUAUCAAAAAAUAUUUAGAAGGCGGUAAAGUACUAUCUUAUGGUGCCCGUGCACUUAACGAAGGAGGACUUCAGAGUAUUCCAAAGCUGAUUGUUCCCGGCGCUGCCUUGAUUGGAUGUACUGCCGGAUUUCUCAACGUUCCUAAAAUCAAGGGCACCCAUACUGCUAUGAAGAGCGGUAUGCUUGCCGGUGAUGCAGCUUACGAAAAGAUUGAGGGCAUUUCUGCCGGAUCUGACACUACCGAACCCUCCACUGCCCCACUUCUUCUCACAAACUAUGUAGACACGUUGAAAUCAUCAUGGGUAUGGAAAGAGCUGUAUGAAGUACGCAACAUUCGCCCUUCUUUCCAUUCUGUUCUUGGAUUGUGGGGUGGUCUCAUUUAUUCCGGGUUGGACACCUUGUUUUUAAAAGGACGAGUUCCCUGGACAUUCAGUCAUCCAGCGCAGAAAGACCAUGAAUCCCUCACACCCAUCAAAUCUGCUAAUCCAAUUCAUUACCCUAAGCCUGACGGUGUCAUCAGUUUUGAUCUUUUGGAAAGCGUUUCUCGCACUGGCACAUCUCACGAAGAAAAUCAACCCGUACACCUUCGUCUCAAAUCUGGUCCAUCUCCACAGCUUGAACAUAACUGGAAGGUAUAUGGUGGCCCCGAACAGAAAUUUUGUCCUGCUGGUGUUUACGAGUACCUUGAUGAUGAAGCAAACCCUGGAAAAAAACGGUUUCAGAUUAAUGCUAGCAACUGUAUUCACUGUAAAACGUGCGAUAUCAAAGAUCCUAGUCAGAACAUUGACUGGAGUGUACCCGAAGGUGGUGGUGGACCCAAGUACGUCAAUACAUGA